AUGGAGUUUGAUAAUGGACUUGACGCACUUUUACAGAAAUCAGAGGAGCUAACUGCCAAUUUAAAUGACGGAACAGAUUUACCUCGAGUCCGGCGGAAUCUCGGACAGAUUCUCGACGCUGGAAAACGCCUUUGGUCGAAAACUGCUGCCCACGGAACAGACGCUCAACAAGUCAAAGCUGCCCUCUUUCUCGGUCAAAAAGGCCUGGAAAUCGCCGACGUUCCAGAUCGAUUGAAAAACCUUGCCACAACGCGAAAUUUGGAGCCAUUAAACCCUGUUGUCCAUACAGAUAUUGAAGGGUUCCUGAGGAACGAGCACGAAAACGCGAUCUUAUCAGUAAUCGAAGAGCAAAAACAAAAAACUUUCGAAGAAGUAACCAACCGCCACUGGGAAACGAGAUUAGCAGAGUGGGACACGGAAAAAGGAAGAAUUCUCAAUGCAUUGCUCGGCUCAGAUGACAGUCUUAACAUUUCAAUUUUGCCCUCGAAAAAGUCGAAAUUGCGAGAUGAUACGAAGGUCAUUGCUGGAAAGAGAUCGUUGUUGGAUGAUAAUGAAAUGCUCUACGCACAGCAGAUUCACCGAUACAAUGAAAUGGUCGUUCAGGGUAUCAAACCAGAUUCGCUCAUCAAAUUCUGCCAAUCUGCUGUUGAGCGCAUGAACUCACAAUCUUUGGUCGCAAUUUGGAACAUGAUUUGGGAGCUCGUCGGGCACAUCCGAGUCCCAUCUGGAAAAACGCCAGCUCAGCUCCGAACUGAUACUGAAAUUCAAAUGGCUCUCAUCAACGCGUCUCGAGCGCACUUGGAAAACGAGUACUUCAAUUUUAUUCAAGAGACAGUGAAUAGCAAUCUGAGAGAUGCAAACAGAGGCGCCAUGCCGGGAACCGAGCAGCUUAUCAGAAGUUUCCUGCAAGUUAGAAAAUACAACUACCAAGCAACAGAAGAUGGAGAUGUCUGGGCUAUGAUUUAUUAUUGCUUGCGAUGCGGCCAAACCAGGACUGCCGUCGAGAUCGCCCGAAAAAGCUCCCAGAUCGUCGGCGAAUUUCUUCCAAGCCUCGUCGAUUGGGUAGAAUCACCAGACAGACUUCUAGGACCCAACCAAGAAUCGAAGAUCAAGAUCCAAUUCCGACGCUCAGUGCGCGCGUGUACCGAUCCAUUCAAGCGGGCAGUCUUUUGCAUUGUCGGAAAGUGCGACACGGAUAUUCACGAGGAUGUGAUUCAGAAGACGGAUGAUUACUUGUGGAUGAAGCUCUCACAAGUUGUUGUCGGAAAGACCGGAGACGGAUACGAAUCAAUCGAAAAAUUCCAGCGGGAUAUUCUCGAGGAAUACGGCGAGGCUCAUUUCCAAGCUGAUCAGUCUCCACUUUUAUACUUCAACGUCCUUGUUUUGACGGGCCAAUUUGAGGCUGCAAUUGAAUUCCUUGCCAGACUCAACCUUGCAACACUCGUCAUGACCUUCACCCGCAAGUUCGAGUCCACCGAUCCACAGGAAGCCCUCCAAUACUUCUAUUUCCUUCGCGAUAUCCGUCUACCAGGUGCGAGCGACAGUCUUUUCAUUUCCUGCGUUUCGGGCUUGGUCCGAGAAUCGAGAGAGUUUGGUACGCUGCUCGGACGAAUUGAUCCGCAAACGGGACAGAAGAAAUCUGGUGCUAUUGAUAAGUUCCACGCCGAUACGAAAAAACUGAUCGAACGCGUCGCCCGAGACUGUGAAGAACGCGGGCUCUUCGAAGACGCAGUUGGCCUCUACGACCUGGGUGGCUUCCACGAUAAAGUGGUUGAUCUCCUGUCUGAACUGAUAUCGCAAGUCCUGGCCGAUGCCGAUAAGCCUCAAUCAGACAGAAAUAGACUCAAAAUCCAGGCGCAAGAAAUUGCCCAGCGAUACAGAAAUCAAAAUGUGGAGAUUCAGCGGCAAUCUGCGGAUACGUUCCAUCUUCUUUUGGAUCUUAUGACUUACUUCGACGCCUACCACGGAAAGCAGCUUGACUUUGCUCUAGACACAAUCCGUCAGUUAGACUUGCUCCCCCUCGACGGAAUGAAUCAAUCACGUGAUCAAAUCCAAUCCAAGCCGCAGUUCGGUGAUCAGAGUGCGCACCUGUCUCAGUUGGCGGAGAUCAAGAGCCUGGCGAAGGCGCUGAUUAUGUUCGCCGGAAUGGUGCCGUAUCGACUGCCCGGCGACACCAACAUGCGCCUCGUUCAAGCAGAAGUCAAGAUGAACUAA